CGUUGUUUUGCAUUGUUUGGAGUACUUCUUCUCCUGAUCACAUAGGCUACAAACAUUGUCAUUAACCUUGCAGAUUAACGAUGACCACGCCAUACACACCGACGUCGUUCAUUCAGAUGACUCCUAGCACACCAGCAACGCCAAGUCCAGCGCCAGCGCCAACGCGUGGUCGCGGAACAGGUGCAAAACGCGGCCGCAAGCCUCGCGGUACAUUCCCCAACGUGUCCACCGAUACCCCUCGGCCCUCACCACAAUCUGGGCCAUCUACACCUGCAAUGCGAUUUACCCCGGUUCAGUGGGCGACUCCUGGAGCCCCUGCGGGCGCCACUGCCACUGCUUCGACAUCUACUGCGACUGUUCCUGCUCCAAGUACCCCCGGAAAUACUGGAGACGUAUCGAUGGACAGUGGGGACGAUGAACCUGUAGCGACGCAGCCUCCACCUGUUACUGCUGCUUCUUCUUCGACAGAUACGAUAAUUCCACAGCCUGGGACCACUGCAAAACCCGCGGGUGCCCCGGACGAGGAUGCGGAGGGUGAAGACGAGCUCUUGCCUGCAAUGGCGGAUGAUGACUAUUCUGCGCAGUUGUCAUGGCAGAGUGAGAGCAAGGAUAAUCUGAAGGUUCUUAUGGACAAUUUCAGUCCAGGACAGUAUGAACGCUUUGAAGCCUAUCGACGUCAUGCACUACCAAAGCAGGCUAUACGGAAGGUCAUACAGCAAACGACAGGACAACAGGUCUCUCAGCCCGUUGCACAAAUAGUAGCAGGUGUUGGGAAAGUGUUUGUUGGCGAGAUUGUGGAAAAAGCCCGCCAAGUCCAAUCACGGCGUAACGAUUCUGGGCCCCUCACGCCAGACCACCUUCGUGAGGCAUAUAGAAUGUAUCAGGCAGAGACUGGGCGUGUGGGCAGCGCGCGACCAAUGAGAGGAAAGCGGCUAUUUGUCAAAUAGUGAGUCAAGCUCAGACUUGGCAGUGUCAUUAUAUCAUGAAGUUGCAACCUAGGCGUACGCGUGAAUUACCACCGGGGGGCCACUUCCCUGGUAUUAUGUGGACAUUACGGUGCAGUAAAUUAGUGUUGAAAGUUUAUAUCUGAUGGACUGUGCAUGGCUAUAAGCGCUUUAACAUUGAUAUUAGAUAGUGACCUUGCUACGAAGUCAUUACAAUCACUGAUAGAUCGACUGGCUGUGCAUGUGAAUGCUGCCAAGACACUGAG